AUGUCCGCACGUGCUCUCUUUAAGAAUAUUAAGCUUAUAAACAAGCUUCCCACCCGCGGCUUUUCCACCACCGGCCCCGCCAAUGCAGACUUCACACAUGCGGUAAUCGGCGCCGGCGUCGUCGGCCUCGCAACAGCACGACAACUAGCAGCACGCGAAGGCACAUCAACAAUCCUCCUAGAGCGCCACGACGCGCCAGGAACCGAGACAAGUAGUCGCAAUUCCGAGGUAAUUCACGCAGGCCUCUACUACCCCGCAACCUCCCUAAAAACCACCCUCUGCAUCCGCGGCCGCAACCUCCUCUACGCCCUCUGCUCAAAGCACAACAUCCCGCACCUCAACACCAAAAAAUGGAUCGUCGCGCAAACCCCCGAACAAUGGGAAGCAUGUCUAAAAAUCCACUCCCACGCGCAAUCCCUCGACGCGCCCACCCGUCUAGUCAGCGCAGACGAAGCCCGUCGCCGCGAACCAGCCGUCAAAGCCGACGCCGGCAUCGUCGAGAGCCUGACAACCGGCAUCGUCGACAGCCACUCUCUGAUGACAUAUCUCCUCGGCGACUUCGAAGAUCGCGGCGGGGACGUAGCGUUCAAGACGCGCGUGACCCGCGUCGAACCCAUUGAUGCCGGCCGCGGCGGAUACAGUAUUACCGCUGUGUCGGACGAGGAUGGGUCUGAGACGUCUAUUACGGCUGAGACGCUGGUUAAUAGUGCGGGACACGGGGCUUGUGCGAUUAGUAACAUGUUGCUUCCAGCGGAGAGGCAUUUUGUGCCGCAUUAUGCGAAGGGGACGUAUUUUUCGUAUGGGGCGAGUUCGCCGAAGACUUCGGUGCUGGUUUAUCCGGCUACGUUGCCGGGUACUGGGGGGCUGGGCACGCAUCUUACGCUUGAUAUGGCUGGAAGGGUAAGGUUUGGGCCGGAUGUGGAGUGGGUUGAUAGUCCGGAUGAUUUGCGGCCUAGUGCUAAGAGGUUGGAGUUGGCGUUGGCGGAGAUUAGGGCUUAUUUGCCUGGUGUUGAUGUUGAUGCUAUUUCGUUGGAUUAUUUUGGGGAGGGGGGUGCUGUUAAUGAGGGGAAGGGUUUCCAGGACUUUAUUAUUCGGGAAGAGGAGGGUUUGCCUGGAUUUGUUAAUUUGUUAGGGAUUGAGAGCCCGGGGCUGACAGCUUCGUUGGCUAUUGGUGAGAUGGUGGAUGGGAUUUUGUAUCGUUAG